AUGUCCAUUAACGCCAGCAGCGGGCUGGACCCCUCAUCAACAGCCAGACUCAUCAGCUACCCUCAGCCAGCAGGCACAGUCAUCUGUGUUAGUUUCUGGUAUCGCAUGUACGGUAGUGAUAUUGGCUCCGUGAGGUUCCUCACCAAGUCAACCGGAGAGCCAGAGACUGUUGUGUGGAUGAGACAUGGGACUCAGGGGAACAAGUGGCGCUUUACAGACCUUACCUUCACCACUGACACCCCACUACAGUUCAUAUUGGAGGCUGUGGUGGGUGGUAAGAAAGGUAGCAUUGUCAUAGAUGACGUGGUAGUGAGCAGCAGCAGCAAUGGGAAUGGCUCCUGUCCGGCGGAGAGAGAGUGCACCUUCCAGGGGUCCCUGUGUGGCCUGCAGGUCGAGAUGUCUGGAGACUUCACCUGGAACAGAACCACCGGGGCCCUGGGGGCCAACACCUCCAGCCCAGCGCUGGAUCACACUCUGGGUACUGAACUGGGAUACUACCUGAGUGCCCAGCUGUGGAACCACCACGUGGGUAGCAGGGGGCGUAUUAUAACGGGGGUGAACGAUGCCACCCCUCGCAGUGGAGAGUGCUGGAUGUUUUGGUACCACAUGGAGGGCAGGGCCUCAGGGGAGCUCAACAUCUACCUGCAGCCUUUCCCAGGCUCCAGGACCCAGACCCUACUGUGGAGCAGGACUGGAGACCAGGGAGAUCGCUGGAGACACGGCCGAACUACGGUCCUCAGCCCUGAUAUACCUUACCAGGUCAUCUUUGAGGCUGUGGCCGGGGAUGACCGGGAGGGGGACAUUGCCAUUGAUGACCUCACACUUGUUAAUGGGCCGUGUCCACCACAAGGGUUCUGUGACUUUGAGAUGGACUACUGUGGCUGGCUGAACAGUCCCCCAGCUGCGUCAGGAGUGGACUGGGAAUGGUUGUCCGGGUCCAGUGGAGGACGCUUCUCUCCAACAGUGGACCACACCACCAACUCUGGCCAGGGACACUACAUCCUCUUCUCGACACAUGUAUUUUCCUCUGGACUGGAGAUUACCCAGCUGCAGAGUGAACCUAUGGACGCGGUAGAGAAUGCAUGUAUAGAGUUCUGGUACUUCAUGGACAUGUGGGGACCCAUGGAUCAGAUGGAGCUGACAGUGUAUGUGAACGAGACAGGUGUUCUACGUACGAUAUGGAGCAGAUUUGGUAAACUCGACCCAAUCUGGCAUCAGGCCAUGGUGGACUACAACACUACAGGACCACACCAGAUCAUAUUUUCUACCAAGCGCCCUGGCAGCGUAGACGGAGGCAUAGCCCUGGAUGACAUCCACGUUAGGAUGAACCUGACCUGUGCAGAGCUGAUCCCAACCACUUCAGCCCCCACCACAGUACCCACCACCCCUCCAGCCACCCCUAUGGACUGCACCUUUGAACAUGGCCUGUGUAACUGUGUCCAGGAGACCGACGAUGCCUUCGACUGGGUCCACUCCCAAGGCCUGCAGGUGGACCAGCCAUGGAAUGGACCGCUGUACGACCACACGGUCGGAAAUGACAAAGGGUUUUACCUGAUGGUGAAUAUGUCUGGUAGCGUGGACGGUGAGACCGCGGUCGUCUCUGUUCCUCUUACGUUCCAAACCACGGACCUCUGCGUUGGCUUCUGGUAUUACAUGUUGGGACCAUCUGUGUCCAACCUGGACCUCUUAGUACAGACGAAAACAUCAAGAACUGUGGUGUGGACUCGCCAAGGCAGCCAGGAUUCAGAGUGGAUGAAUGCACAGGUUCAACUCGACAUAGUAGACACACAGGAGGUUCAGUUCUCUGGAAGCAGGAAUACCUCUGGCAGUGGGUUUAUAGCCAUCGAUGAUGUCACAGUCAAGGAAGGAGCCUGCAAAGAUCAACAUCCGUGUGGAUUUGAGGUAGACUCCUGGUGUGACUUUGAGGUAGACAUGAGUCACAGGGGGCGCUGGGACCGUUUGAGAGGCAGGAAGGACCGACUGGACCACACCUACAGAACUGAGAACGGUUUCUAUCUGACUGUGUUGAAACGGAACUCCGAGGAGAUGGAGGUGGCCCAGCUGCUUUCUUCAGAGCUAAGCUCUACCACAGGGAUGUGUGUUCGUUUUUGGUACUGGCUGCCUGCUGGCUCCACUGACCUUCUGUCAGUGCAUGUCCUGAGGAGCGGGGAUCAGGGCCUGGCUCUGUGGCAGCGUUCUGGAGCUUCCUCUAAAGGCUGGGAGGUGGCAGAACUCACUGUGUCCGCCCCUAACACCUUUAAGGUUAGCUCAGCUAGCUAG